AUGUAUGGAAAUAUGCCUCCUGCUGGGACGCAGUUUCCCGACAUGUCGUAUGCAAUGGGCGGGGUUGGACAUCAGGGGCAUCAGAUGCAAGGCCAUCCGCAGCAAACGCAGACGCAUCAACAUCAUUACCACCAGCAGUUCCAACAGCAACCGCCGCUCCAGCCGCGCCCGCUCCAGCGCCAACAUCAGCAACAGCAACAGCACCAACAACAGCCCCAGCAGCUUCCUUCAUACUAUACAACCAACAUGUUGGCGGUAAAUGGGAAUAUGCACACCCAGGCCCAGCUCACGCCUUUCCCGAGUGUCUAUAGCCCGACUUUGCCCCAACAACAGCUGUCCCGUCAGCAGCAACAACCGCAAACUCUACAGCAGUCGCCUUCGAUUAUGCAAUUUGACGGACAAUCGCAGUCCCAUCUGGUCGGCAGGUCGACGCCCGUUUAUCCCCAUCAACAACUUCAUAUGCAGCAAGCACAGCGCAUCCACCAAGCGCAGCAACUUCCUCGGCCCAUCCAGUACUCACCCUCCCCUGUGCUCGCGCCUUCGCUACCGCCGAUCACCUCGCCCAUGCCUGCACCAUCACCAGUCCCAGCGCCGACACCGACGCCCGCACCGGUACCGUCAUCACCUGCCCACCAAGUUGUGACGCUCGAUUCGAUACAUGUGGCCACUCCGGGACCUCCACCUAUCCAGUCACCCGUCGCCCCAAUAGCCCCAAAGCCUCCCCGACAGGCGCAGAGUCCAGCCAUCGGCCAGAGCCCUGUGUUCACCGGUAGCGGCUAUACGGAGGCGCAACAGCAAAGGUCGCAUGCCAGCCCGAAGACGACGAUGACGAACUCUCCGGCUCUCUCGGCGAGGUCUUCGAUUAUAUCAAAGAGAUCGCCUUCUGUAUCUGGCAGGUCCCUGGUCGCCGAUACGAAUUCGAUGCUCAUCUGCGUAGCUGAAGAAUGUUUCGCCAAGGCGCGUGGGAACUUGCAGGAUGUCGUAUCGUCGUCUUCGGGUGCCGCGGUUUCGGAGUAUCAGAAGUUGAUCGCUACGGGUCUUUCGUGUCUCGAGACGUCUCUGCUAAGCAGUCGGCUGACGCCAAGGCAAGAGGCCAAGGUGAGGCUACGGUACGCGUCGAUUCUCUAUGAGGACACGGAAAACUUGAUGGAGGCCGAGACGGCGCUAUCAAAGGGGAUCAAGCUUUGCGACAAGCACCGGUUUCUUGAUCUCAAGUAUUCCAUGGCGUAUCUGCAAGCAAAGCUGUUGUUUCAGAGAGGACAUGUCAAAGGCGCGCUUCACGCCGCCGAUCGCAUGAUUACCGAGAUUGCUUCGCGCCAUGCUCACUGGAAUUACGCAUUCCGAUUUCUAAAAGCCUCGUUCUAUCUUCAGUCUGGAAUGCCGUCCGACGGUCCAGCGUUAGAGAAUCUACGAACGAUAGCAUCGUUUGCGCACAGCCGUGGCGACUACGCUCUCGAAGCUUUUGCCUCAUUGCUAGAAGGCCUAGCCCUUCUCAAAACAACCAAGGAGGACACCCUCGAUCGGGUGCAGGAGUGCAUCGCUAGAGCGUCCAAAUACCAGCUCAACCCUCUCCUCCGGAUACCGCAGGUGGACAUUCUCAUUCUAUUGCUCGAUCUUGCGUGCAGCAUGCAGCAGAAAAAUCCGGACAUCAUGAUUCAGAAGUUGAAGGCAUUGCAGAUUCGCAUGGACGAGGCCACUGACUGGCAGACCUCAGCCGCUUCAUUGAGGCUGCCCAUCAAGAAAGCGUCGGGAACGCCGCCAAUAAGCGAAGACACCGCCGCCAUUAUUGAAGCGGGCCGACCGGAAGAUUCUAACGACUACCUUGUUCUCUCGUACGUGGCCAAGGCGGAGCUAUAUAUUUUGGUGAUGACUUUUAGUGGCUUAGCCUUUGUCUCAAGGUCGACCGGCAGCCAGCAUAGAACGCUGGACUUCUGGGAGGAGGCGCUCGACACAUUGGCGAGAUGGAACAAAGAGAGGAGCCCAAGCUAUACGAACCCGCUCCCGUCUUUGCAAGAUGCCGUCCGUCGCGCUAACUGGAGAAACGAAGUGCAUUGCUACCUCCACAUAUUAAUUGCACUCUACUCUGCCACCCAAAGCAGAUGGGGCAAAGUAAGAGAAAGCCUUGACAAAGUUCAGGCAGCUGUUGUGACUUCGGCAAACAGCGCUAUGGAGAUCAUAUCACUCUACGUAUGGGGCAUCUACUACCAGGGAACGGGUGACCUCGAAAAGGCGGUGAUCAUCUACAACGACCCCAGGUUCGAGAUUGGCGACGCGACGACGCAGCAGAGGAAUAUCCGGCUUGACAUGUCGCUCCUAGCCAAGAUGAAUCUUCUGUGGAUCAUGGAACAUCCUCAGUACCGGAACACGAUAGAGUCCACGCGGCUCUUUGAUAGGAUACGGCCGCUAUGUCAGGAUCACCACGACGUAGAGAUCCGGACGGCGUACAACAUCAUCCUCGCGACGAUCACGAUGCAGCCGCCUCCGCCUCUCCAGCAGGUCAAGAACAGCAUGUAUACGGCCCUCAACGCUUCGAAGAUGGCCGGCAAUACGCACUUCUUGGCGAUUUCGCUCAACAUCAUGAGGUGUCGGCUCUUUGAGAACGUCGUGGGUGAGCAGGCGCUCAAGAGCGCUAAGGCGGCGUCGACUCAGGCGAGACGGAACGGCAAUUAUCUGUGGAUGAGCGUGGCGGAUGGUAUGCUUGCCCAUUCGCAUGAAGUGCAGGGCCAGACGGAGGAGGCGAAUCAGGCUCAUAAUGCGGCGACGGGGUUUGCUAGUAGAGCUUUGGCUGCGAAUAAUGCUUGA